CCUCCACAGGGCCCUGGGGACUACGGAGGGAUGAGCCCUUCCCACCCCCCUCAGCUCCCCCUGCCCUCCUGUCCCCCAUUUCUCCCUGGGCGUGGUAGCAGAGGGGUAGCUGACAGCAGGUAAAAGCAGAGCCUAGUCUUCAGGGGACAAGUGGAGGCACAGGCCCUGGGGCCCAAGCCAGACCAACUCACCAUCUACCUGAGCCAUCUCCUCCCCACUCAUAUGCCAGAAGCCUGCCCUUUAACUUCCAGUCCUCCUAUCCCCCCAUUUUUUUUUUUUAACUGAGGUUUAACUGACAUAACGUUAAUUUCAGGUGGACAAUGUGAUGAUUCUACAUUUGCAGAUCUCCGAUUUUCGAUAGCUCUCUCAGGCAGGAACCCCAGCUCCAGUCAGGCCCUCCCACCCAAGGCUCCAGCUCCGGAUGCUUGCUGGAGGGUGCUGACCCCCAGCCCAGGCCUGCCAGUGGUCGCCAGGCCUGCUUCCUUCCCCGCUUGCAACAGGGGGAAUCAACUAGGCAGGGCGCCAGCAAACCUAGGAGCGAGGGUGCGGCGCUCCUGCAGCUCCGCAGGGGUGGGGCAUCCCCCUCCCCACAUAGCCCCGCCGUCAGGCCAGUGGGAGGAGCUGCCCGUGCCCCCCCUGUGCCCGCAGGGCUAUAAAGCCGCCUCGCAGCGGUCUGCGGCUCCUUCCCCGCUCCCGGACCAGAUUUGCCAGCGGUGACUGCCCAUCCUCGGCCACCAUGAGCCACCCGUCGGGCCUCCGAGCCAGCGUCAGUUCCACCUCAUACCGCCGCACCUUCGGGCCACCGCCCUCACUGUCCCCUGGGUCCUACUCCUAUGCGUCCAGCUCCCGCUUCUCGAGCAGUCGCUUGCUGGGCUCGGCAUCCCCUGGCUCCUCCGUGCGCCUGGGCAGCUUCCGCGGCCCCCGGGCGGGCGCGGGCGCCCUCCUGCGCCUGCCCUCGGAGCGCCUCGACUUCUCCAUGGCCGAGGCCCUCAACCAAGAGUUCCUGGCCACGCGCAGCAACGAGAAGCAGGAGCUGCAGGAGCUCAACGACCGCUUCGCCAACUUCAUUGAGAAGGUGCGCUUCCUGGAGCAGCAGAACGCGGCCUUGCGCGGGGAGCUGAGCCAGGCCCGGGGCCAGGAGCCGGCGCGCGCCGACCAGCUGUGCCAGCAGGAGCUGCGCGAGCUGCGGAGGGAGCUAGAGCUGUUGGGCCGCGAGCGCGACCGGGUGCAGGUGGAGCGCGACGGGCUGGCGGAGGACCUGGCGGCGCUGAAGCAGAGGUUAGAGGAGGAGACGCGCAAGCGGGAGGAUGCGGAGCACAACCUCGUGCUCUUCCGCAAGGAUGUGGACGACGCCACCCUGUCCCGCCUGGAACUGGAGCGCAAGAUUGAGUCUCUAAUGGAUGAGAUUGAGUUCCUCAAGAAGCUGCACGAGGAGGAGCUUCGAGACCUGCAGGUAAGCGUGGAGAGCCAGCAGGUGCAGCAGGUCGAGGUGGAGGCCACCGUGAAGCCUGAGCUGACGGCGGCGCUGAGGGACAUCCGCGCGCAGUACGAAAGCAUCGCGGCGAAGAACCUGCAAGAGGCAGAGGAGUGGUACAAGUCCAAAUACGCGGACCUGUCCGACGCCGCCAACCGGAAUCACGAGGCCCUGCGUCAAGCCAAGCAGGAGAUGAAUGAGUCCCGACGCCAGAUACAGAGCCUGACAUGCGAAGUGGACGGACUCCGCGGUACGAACGAGGCGCUGCUCAGACAGCUGCGGGAGCUGGAGGAGCAAUUUGCUCUGGAGGCGGGCGGGUACCAGGCGGGCGCCGCGAGGCUCGAGGAGGAGCUGCGCCAGCUGAAGGAGGAGAUGGCACGGCACCUGCGCGAGUACCAGGAGCUCCUUAAUGUCAAGAUGGCCCUGGAUAUCGAGAUCGCCACCUACCGGAAGCUGCUGGAGGGCGAAGAGAGCAGGAUUUCCGUGCCAGUCCAUUCUUUUGCAUCCUUAAGUAUAAAGACGACUGUGCCUGAGGUGGAGCCUCCCCAGGACAUCCACAGCAGGAAGAUGGUUCUGAUCAAGACCAUUGAGACUCAGGAUGGGGAGCAGGUGGUGACUGAGUCCCAGAAGGAGCAGCGCAGUGAGCUGGACAAGUCUUCGACUCACAGCUACUGAACCCAUUGGUCCAGAGUUUCCUGACCCUGCCCUAGGCCUACUCUAAGUCCCAGACCCUAACACCAGUACUGAAUUAGUCCUCUCUCAUUCUGCAUGUGUCUAGGGGAUGGCACAAGUCACCCCUUCCCUGGCCUGUGGCCAAGUGCUACCCAGCCAGCCCUCUCCCUGCCCUGACAUACAUAUAUAUGACCUAUAUGUGCCCCUUAUUGCGUCCUAGUCAGAGGCCAGCAAUCCCCCGAUCGAGUCUACUCCUACCAUUAUCCCAUGACCAGUGGACUGGGCCGGGGUCUGAGUUUCGCUUUUGAAUCAAAUAAAACUGCUGUCAAGAGAAA